AUGUCGACUAUGGAGCAACGGCUCACGGAGACAAUAGCGCACUACAACGUCGCGAGUCAUGUGAAACCACCACCACCACCAUCGGCGCCGCCGCCACAGCUUCCUCCAACGACUCUCGCUAAGGUUGUCGCUAAGCCCGAGGAUGGUACCAUCAACCGUGGGGUCCGGUGCACCCCGCCACUGGGUCGAACGGGCAGUUCAAAGAGGUCUAUCGGCCACCUUACGAAGGUGGGAGGAUUUAUGCCUCCGGGGGCGUCACGCCAAACCGAGGCUAGUUAUCGCCAUUUUGUGGCUCCAGUUGAGAAGAAACGUCGUCUCUGGUUGUUUGGCGUCACCUCAAAGUCGACAGAGUUGUCCGAUUUCAGGCCGGUUGGGCCGUGCGGUCGGACGGGUCAGAUGGAGGAGACUGGCUCGUCGUGGAGUCUGGGACGAUCAGGCCCUGAAGGAAGCCAUCGACAAACCAAAUUCAUCUGUCGCACAAUCUCGCAACCGAUUCCCACCUACCAGUGCAUGGCGGGAAAGUCGAUUUCGCCGGGUGGUAUGCAGGAAUCGCCGACUUACGGAGUGGGUUACAGUUGUGGCGAAUAUGCAUUCCGGCCCGAUCGAGGUCUGUUUGUGGGGGUACCACAGAUUGUAGUACGAGCCCUCUCACCUCCGACGCCCUAG